AUGGAGCAACACGUCCAGGAGGCGGCAGACACGGCCUCCACGCCUCCACCCAGCCUGCCCCCUGCCUCUCCUCUCCCACUUGGCGAGUCAAGUCAAUCGGUGUUGAGGCCGGCUGACCCGCCACACGCCUGGGGUCACGCCGACAACCUGUUCGUCACCCGCAGCACAAACGUUCCGCCGCGCGGCCGUCACAGUCAUUACCUGCAAGAUGUCCACACCCCAUCCAUAUCCCGGGCGGAUCGUCCCAUCCAUCAGGGAUUCUCGGCUUUGGGUGCUCCAGGACGGAUGGCGACUCGGGUCCCUCACCCCGCCAGCCCGGGACUUGUGAGGGCGCUGGAGGCAGCCCGUCGCUGCCGGUGCAGUCCGCGGCCACGAGCACUGCCUCGCGUCUGCCCGGUGCGUGCCGCGGCCCGCCCUGCCCCCAGCGUCCGCCCGGCAACACCUCGUCCCGCCCGCAGUGUGCCCGCCGCCCGCGGCCAGCCGGGCAUCGGGCGUCAUGUCCCCGCAGGAGGGAUCCCCCCUCCCCCCUGGGCGCUGCGGUGGCCCUGUGCCCCAACUUUCACCCGGGACUCAGCAGCGGGGGCGAGCCGGCAAGGCUCUCACAGCCACCUGAGGCCAAGAGGGUGGCCUCGACUCUUCCCCGCCGCGCCUCCCACCUUGGCAGGCGCGUGCGUGGCGCGCCGCAUGCCAAGAAAUGAUCCGUCACCCGUGGGGCGCGACACAAGGCCUCGGGAACACCUAACGGCGGCCUGGCCUCCGGAAAUAGCGCCGCCUCAGCCUCCAUCCCUGCCGCCCCUCCCCCGCCGCCCACCUGAGGCCCGGCCAACACCUGGCGGCGGCCCCGGCAGUGCUCAGAUCAGGUGCGCUUCCCCGGGGGUCCAGUGUGCUGGCGGCGGCGAUCACGAGCGGGGGUCGGGGUCGGGGCUGAUGCAGGGACAGGGGCAGGGGCAGGGGCUGGGGCAGUCGUUCCCUGCCUCGUGGACCUACAAGACCGAUGGCGCCUCCUCAUCCAUGCAGCCUCCCUCCCACACCCGCCCCUCGCCCGCCCCCUCGCCCCAUCCAUCUGCCCCUGCCCGCCCCGAGUCGAGUGUGCUCCGAGAUCUUGACGGUAAUCUCUGUGGGAGAAAACCCGAGGCACCGUCCAUCCUCGCCCGUCGCGUGGGCCUGGCUCGUGCUGUGCGUGCCUCAGCCGACCAGCGAGAGGCACCAGCUACUAAGACUGACUGGCCCUCCACCACCACCACCGCCACUGCUCUGCAGCCCCACCACUACCACCCAUGA